CUCGCAUCAGUUAGCAACAGACCGCAUGAAAAAUAUACCAAUGAGGCGCCAGUGUGCGUGACGUCACAUCCGCUUAUGCCUACUCCACGCCCAUCGACAACACGAGGCAGACAGUUGGUUUUGUGUCGGUGAGGAAGGCGGUUGAUGGCGUUGAUUCUCUCCUGGCGAAAUCCCGCGCUUUCUUUAACACGUUCCCGUUGCAACUAGACGAAUCUCUACAUCGUCCGUCGAGUGUUGUCGUCGAGUCGUACGAUUUUAUAUUUUUUUACUUUUUAUUUUAAUUUUUUUUUUGUGGUUGGAUCAUCGAUCGACGCGUAAUAGCAGUAGAAGAUACAAUGGAUCAUGACAAUGAUAUCAAUUUAGCCGCCGAAGGUCUCGUAGCCAUGUCUAAUGCUAGGCCACACAGUGUUCAUGUGGAAUCGGAUCGUCAGACGCCCGUCUCUACCAGCUCCGUCACAUUAACAGAUGGCAGUUCUGCGAGUGAGAUGUACGUACCAGAAUGCCAAGCUAAUAGCUCUUUGUUCAUGAUCGCACGCAUCUUAACAGAUUUAACAAGUAUCAAGCAAGAUCCAGUGCCUCAUAUUUACUUGCCAGAGGAUUCUGUUUCCAUGCCUAAAAUAUCAUCGCCUAUUAAAGCUGCACGCAAUACGAAAGUUGCAGUUAACAAAGAAGCCCCACCUACUGUACGCCAUGCAGUGGAAACAAAGGAGGUCCAACCCAAACGUGGUGGAAACGCAGCGAAGAAACUUCAUAAAUGUCAUUUUAUCAACUGUAAUAAGGUCUACGGCAAGAGUUCACAUUUGAAGGCCCAUUUGAGAACUCACACGGGUGAGAGACCAUUCCCGUGCAAUUGGGCUGGAUGUGGUAAAAGAUUUGCCCGCUCUGAUGAAUUGGCCCGCCAUUAUAGAACACACACUGGAGAAAAGAAAUUUCCUUGCCCGCUUUGUGAUAAGCGCUUUAUGCGAAGUGAUCAUCUCACAAAACAUGCUCGGAGACACCCAGAGUUUCAUCCUGGAAUGUUGCGAAGAAGAUCCUGCAAACCAAAUUCUGUGACUGGUAGUGCUAGCCCAUCAGAAACAUCGGAACAAUGUUCUCUUCCAUCUCCUUAAGAUGUACCUUUGAUAAUUUUGUUGGAAUGUUUUUGCAGAUCUUGCAGUAGCCUCAAUUCAUCAUAAAUAUUUUUGACUGUGAUGGAAUAUCUUAACUAAAUGCCAUAAUCCAAUACCAAUAUUUAAACAAAAUGGAGCAGAUAUAACUCCAUGAAUGACUGUAACUAUUACAAAUUAAAAUACAUUCAUCGGAAAAUUUUUUAUCAAUAAUUUCUGAGGCAAAGUGAUCCUAUUGCUUAUCAAACGCGCUCAUUUUAGAAAUUUAUUAAAAUAAUCCAUGUCUCAGAAAGGAUACAUUGUCCAUUCAGACAUAUCUAGUAAUUAUGAAACAAUGAGGAUUUUAAAAUUUCAAUAUUAUAACUGUUAUAGAUUUCUUAUAGCACUUAAUGUUUUAUUUACUAUACUAUUAAACAUCAAUUAUCAAUUCUCAUUAUUUAAGGAAGGAUAUAAAUUUAGAUAUUAAAUGUAUAUCCCAAUUGUUCACUUACUAGUACAAUGCAUUUACUUAAUUUGAUUUUAAAAACUUGUAUAAUUUAAUGUGUAUUAAAACAUACAUGUAGAAAUGCAAGAGUAGCAGGUCUACUUGAUAGCAAAAUGCAUUUCUGAUUUUUUUUAAUCCUAAAACAUGUUUUGGUAGUAAUAUUUUCAUACCCAAUUUAUGAAAAUUUAACAACCUAAUAUAAUAUAAAUUAUUAUUAUUAUUAUUUUAUUUCUAAUUAUGAAUGGCUAUGCCAAAAGAUCUCAAGUUUUUUUUUCAAAUGAACUUAUUACUGUACCUGUUACCGAAGAAUUGGGAUUUGUCGAAUUUCUGAAACACAGAAUUGAGGUAUUGAUAAAGAUACAAAGGGACUGGUGCCAGUAUGAGAUAGAAUAGCGAAAAAAGUUUAACCAGUUAUAUAGCAAUAUACACAGUUUUUGACAUUGUAGAUAUAACUCGAUACUUGCACAAAAAAGUAAAUAUAUUGUCUUGGCACCAUAAAUUAUUGUUUUCUGAAAAUUAUUUGAAGGAAGCUGUUGUACUUUGAAUUAAACAUCCGAAGUUGAUUCUUAAUAUUUAAGAAAUUAUUUUAUUAUAAAAACAAACUUUAGUAAGACCAAGAUAUAUUUAUUGACAAUCAUUACGAGAAGGCAUAACCACCAUAAUUGGAAAAAUAGCUAUAAAUUUAGACUUAUUUAAAUAAUACUCUGUAGUAAAUUUCUAGAUUUUAAACAAAUAUAUUGCUUAUAUUUAAAUUUUUUAGUUUAUUUAAUGUAUUACAUUCUGAUAUUAAUAUUUUAUAAUAUCCUCUGUUCAUAAAUGAAGUUUAAAACAAAGCCAACUAUUUGUAAAUAUUGUAUGUAAGAUGCAGUUUUAUAGAAUUAACUGUUUAGAGAUGGAAAUUGUUAUAGAUAUUUCAUAUGUAUAAUAAUCCUCUCGAAAAAUAUUUUAGAAAUAAAAAAAAAAGCUGAAUUUUCUUAGGGAUAAAAAUUAAAAGCUCACUUUUUCACUUAAUUUAAUACUCAAAGUAUCCUUCCUUAUCUAUUACUAUAAAUAUUUGUCAAAAAGAAAGAUGAUGUUCGGAGCAGCUUUUCUAGUUGCUUUUUUACGAACUUUUAACAAUGUGAUACAUUUGUCUUCCUUGUAGUCAGUGCUUUCUUAUUACUCCGUCAUUUAAAUAUUUUUAAUUAACCAUAGCAAGCACCAUAGUUUACAAGUUGGGUUUUUGAAGGUGUGUGAAUUCAGAAAUGUUGAAAUGGUCUGCAGUUGGAAAUUUUUAGAUAUGUACAAGUAUUGACUAUAGUUACAUAUAUUAAUUUUGAAAAGUUACAUGUGUCUAUGUGCAGAUUUGCAUACUUUAAUAGACAUAAUAUAUACAUGUAAACAUACAAAAUAAUACAAUUGUUAGUCAGCAUGUCAUUACUUGUUUAUAACUUUGUCUAUUUAUUCUUUGUGCUUAGUGUAUUAUUUGUUGUAUCAAAAAGUUGGAAGAAACUGCAUGAUAUGCUGUACUGUCUUCAUAUGUAUUGCUAAAAUGAUAAAAAUAAAUACUUGCAAUUUGUUUAUUUUGAAAA